AUGUCUAAUCCCCCAGUCUACACCACUUCGCAGGGAUGUCCUGUGUCUGAUCCAUUCUCUACCCAGAGAAUCUCUGUUGACCAGAAGGGCUACCAAUAUGCCCCACCUACUGGUCCAUUGUUACUCCAAGACUUUAAGCUGAUCGACUCUCUUGCUCAUUUCGACAGAGAAAGAAUUCCAGAGAGAGUUGUCCAUGCCAAGGGUGCGGGUGCCUACGGUGUUUUCGAAGUCACUGAUGACAUCACCGAUGUGUGUUCCGCCAAGUUCUUGGACACUGUUGGUAAGAAGACCAGAAUUUUCACCAGAUUCUCCACCGUCGGUGGUGAGAAAGGUUCUGCAGACUCUGCCAGAGACCCAAGAGGAUUUGCUACCAAGUUCUACACCGAGGACGGAAACUUGGACUUGGUUUACAAUAACACCCCUAUUUUCUUUAUUAGGGAUCCAACCAAGUUCCCUCACUUCAUCCACACUCAAAAAAGAAACCCAGCUACAAACCUCAAGGAUGCCAACAUGUUCUGGGACUACUUGACUGCCAACCCAGAAUCUCUUCACCAAGUGAUGUAUUUAUUCUCCAACAGAGGUACUCCGGCUUCCUUCAGAAAAAUGAACGGUUACUCUGGUCACACAUAUAAAUGGUACAAUGCCAAGGGUGAAUGGCAGUACGUUCAGGUCCACUUCAUCUCGAACCAAGGUGUGCAUAACCUGCUUGACGAUGAGGCUGGAAAGCUCGCUGGAGAAGACCCAGAUUUCCACACUGGAGACCUCUACAAGGCAAUUGAGAGAGGUGACUACCCAUCGUGGGAGUGCUACAUCCAGACAAUGACUCUGGAACAGUCCAAGAAGAUUCCAUUCUCUGUGUUUGAUCUUACCAAGGUCUGGCCUCACAAGGACUUCCCAUUGAGACACUUUGGUAGAUUCACCUUGAACGAGAACCCAAAGAACUACUUUGCCGAGACUGAGCAAGUCGCCUUCUCUCCAUCGCACACAGUUCCAGGAAUGGAGCCAUCUAAUGACCCUGUUCUGCAAUCGAGACUGUUCUCUUACCCAGACACCCACAGACACAGAUUGGGAACUAACUACUCCCAGAUCCCAAUUAAUUGUCCAUUGAAGUCCGGCGUGUUUGCUCCGCAUAUCAGAGACGGUGCUAUGGUUGUUGACGGCAAUCUUGGUGGUACUCCAAACUAUGCUGGUGCUUACAACUGCCCUGUGCAGUAUGCUGUUGGUGCCAAGGCUUCAGGAAGCAAACCAGACGAGAAGUACGAGGGCGAGGUUGUUCCAUUCCACUGGACUGUUGUUGACUACGACUUCUACCAGCCAAAGAUGUUCUGGAAGGUGCUUGGAAGAACUGAGGGUGAGCAGGAGUCUCUGGUGAAGAACGUUGCAGGCCACAUUUUGUCUGCAGACGAGUUCAUCCAGGACCGUGUGUUUGAAUACUUCUCGAAGGCUGAGCCAAUCAUUGGUGAACUGAUCCGUAAGGAGGUUCACAAACUGAGCCCAAGAAAGGACUCUCCUGCCAGACUGUAA